AUGUCCACGGAGCAGAGCAGAGUGCCCACGCUGGCCAAGGUCCUCGCACCUAGAAGGGACCUCGGAGACCAAAGGAGACGCGGGAUUAUUUAUCUUCAUCCUGCUUCAUCGAAUAGGAUAGGACGUCGGGUCCCAGACACACAGAAACACACACACACAGAAACACAUAGUGGAUCAGAGGGCGUAACUGGAAAAGGCUUCAUCAAUCGCAUCACUUGCAGCAACGCAACUGCAUCGCCAGCCAACAGUCGUUUCGGGUGCACAAAGACACGAGCUCCUCUCCUUUCUCGAUCUGCCCGCCAGCUAGGUGUACGACCAGUGAUGUACAGCAACAUGGCCACGUCGUCUCGGCGCGCCGCAGCCUGCUGGGACCUCCCCGCUAAGCUCGCGCUGCUCAUGCUGCUGGCGGCGCUGCUGCUGCUGCUCACGCCGGCACCAGCUUUCGGCGGCCGUACGUACGACAACGUCGCUGGCGGUGUCGAUAGCGUCAUUGCGGUUGAGGAUGGCAGUGGGCUGCAGGGGCCGUCAGAUGCCCGGUUCGAUGACGACGGCGACAGUGGGGUCGGUUACACGGACACUGUGGAGUUUUCGGCGGCGUCAGCCAUCACCCACCGGAAGCUGAAACAAACGAAAUUGACCAACGAUGUAAAGGUUGAGACUGCAAGGGUGAAGUACAACCGCAAGGCCACGCUGCAGAUUGGUGGCGGCGGCAAGUGAUGAUGGGGUUUGAGAAAAAAAAUGGAGUGCGCUAACGGCUGUGAAAUGCAAGGCUGUAAGGCCCGAAACAUCAUCCAGGCUUCUUCCUGUUACUGCGGACAUGGGGAAGGGAGGAGUCGGUGGCGGCUCUGUGAACUCCUCACUUCGAAGGCGCUCUGCUCCGCGAUGAAGGAAGGUCUUUGGGGGCUGUAACGUGUUUGAAUGCUAUCGGCCGCUGUGCGAGAUUCGUGUGGGCCAGGGCAGCCGAGUGCGACUUAUUAAACGUCUUUCAUGGUUAUGUGGCACAGCUGCCGCGCCCGUUCUGGAAGUGCAGUUGGCAAUGGGUCCGCCCGCCCUUGGCCGGAUUGGGCAGACAGAACAUGGCUGCGGUGAUGGUCUCGGUGACAGCCUAUGAGGCGAGGGGCAGGCGAGUAGCUGCAGCAGCCGACUGUCGUUACUGAGUGCUGGCAGUAUUAUAAGCCCGACCAUGUAUGUUAGCUGUCGGACGGUUUUUAAAAUAUUUUUGUAAGUUUAGGGCGCAUAG